UUAAAUUCGUGAUAGCUAAGAUAGCGACUAGCUCUCCGGAAAUUCUAUUAAGAUGAUGCAGCCAGAACAACAUUUUCCAGAGGCUUUUCAGAUCUGUCAGAAAUUCAAUAUAAGCGAUGAAAACAUGAAUGAGAUUGUCCAUCGAUUGACCAAAGAGAUCAAUAUGGGUCUGGCCAGGGAUACGCAUCCGAGAGCUGUCGUUAAAUGCUUUAUCACGUAUGUGCAGGAUCUGCCCACGGGCAAGGAGCGGGGCAAGUACCUGGCCCUCGAUCUGGGUGGCACAAAUUUUCGUGUUUUGUUGGUAUCGCUAAAUAGUGAAACGGAUAUUGAUAUUGUGUCCAAGGCCUUUGUGAUAAGCAAGGAACUGAUGGUGGGGCCGGGAAAGAAUCUGUUUGCUUUUAUUGCCGAGUGCCUGGCAAUGUUUUGCAAGGAGCAAAAAAUCGAAAAGGACAAUCUGCCACUGGGAUUCACAUUCUCAUUUCCCCUGAAACAGAUUGGUAUUAACAAGGGCAUUAUGAUAACCUGGACAAAGGGUUUCAACUGCGAUGGGGUUGUCGGCAAGAACGUUGUCGAACUACUUCAGGAUGCAAUCAAUCAUCGGGGCGAUCUCAAAGUCCGAAUCGUUGCCAUUCUAAAUGACACAACUGGGACUCUCAUGACGUGUGCCUUCACGAAUCGCAACUGUCGGAUCGGUCUCAUUGUGGGCACCGGUACCAACGCGUGCUAUGUGGAGAAGACUAUCAAUACCGAGAUGCUCGACGGGUAUCAGACGAGCAAUAAGCCCAAUAUGAUUGUCAACUGCGAGAUGGGCGCCUUUGGCGACAAUGGCGUCUUGGACUUUGUACGAACCAGUUACGACAAGGUCGUCGACAAGCAGUCGAUCAAUCCCAAGAGGCAAACGUUCGAGAAGUGCAUCUCUGGCAUGUAUCUGGGAGAGUUGGUGCGUCAAGUUGUCGUUGAGCUUAUGCAAAAGGGACUGCUCUUCAAGGGCCUCUCGUCGGAUGCCAUUAACGAGAAAUGGAGAUUCGAGACUCGAUUUAUCUCCGAGAUUGAGUCCGAUCCGCCAGGCACUUAUCGCAACGCCUCCAUGAUCAUGGAUCAAAUGGGAAUCCGAACGAACAAUGAACUGGAUUUGGCCUGUCUGCGAUAUAUCUGCCAGACUAUAUCAACACGAUCCGCAAAGCUGACUUCCUGUGCCCUCGUCUGUUUGAUUAACAAAAUGAAUGCCAAAGAUUGUUCCGUGGGCAUUGAUGGUGGCGUCUAUCGUUUUCAUCCUCACUUUCACAACUUACUUAUGGAAAACAUGAACAGAAUGUUGAAGGGUUCAGUUAAAUUUGAGUUGGUUGUAUCUGAGGACGGUUCGGGUCGUGGUGCGGCCCUAAUUGCUGCCGUGUGUGCUUAACCAAGAUGGCUUAAAUAAAAUUAUCAGUGCCUAAUA